CAAACCCGCUGCGCUGUAUCUUGUGUUUUUCUGAGAUUCAUCUAACUACUAUCACCGUUGAAGCUGCCUACCUACCCACCUACCGCCUCUCUUUACGAUCGUACUACCGUGAUCGCGCCGACCCAACUACCUACCUACCCCUUUCCACCCAGAGGAGAUCGGUGA